AUGGCCAGAAAGUUCAAGGCAACAAAGAGGAUCGCCAGAGAGGCCGAGGUCGCGAAGGCUGCCCAGGCCAAGCACAACAAGACCCUCCAAAUGCCCUCGGUCACCCUGGUCGCCACCUCUGCCAUGACUGCCGCCCGCAGAGCUUGUGAGGCCAAGGUCGACGCCAUUGUCCAGGAAUGCGUCGAGAACAACUGCCGCUUCCGUGAUUCCAAGUUCGAUCUCCUCAACGACCGUCGCAAUUGCCUCUACAACUCCUUGAUCAGCGAGACCGUCUACCCCGACAUCGCCGGCACCAAGCGCAUCCCUGAUCUAUUCCGCAAACCCGUAUUCUUCUUGAACGGCGCCAGCCCUGAUGAUAUCCAACAGGGCUCUGUGGGUGAUUGCUGGUUUGUCGCUUCUUUGGCUGUCAUCACCAACAUCCCAGGACUCUUGGAACAACUCUGUGUCAAGAGGAACGAGGAGGUUGGCGUUUACGGAUUCAUUUUCUUCAAGGAUGGCGACUGGGUCUCGACUGUUGUCGAUGACCAGGUCCUGUACAAGAUCGACCAGCAAUCGGGCCGUCGUGUGCUGUACUUUAGCAAAUGCCACGAGGAGCGCGAGUCGUGGUUGCCUCUUAUGGAGAAAGCUUAUGCCAAGAUCCAUGGAGAUUACGAGUCAUUGGACGGAGGAUUCACUGCUGAGGGUAUUGAGGAUUUGACCGGCGGUAUUGCCUCGAUGAUGUUUACCAGCGAUAUCUUGGAUCGGGACCGCUUCUGGGAGGAAGAGAUGAAGGAGGUCAACAAGCAUACGUUGAUGGGAUGCAGCAUUGGAUUUGAGGAGGAGAACCCUGAGAAGCACGGAAUCCAGAGCGGACAUGCCUACAGUGUCCUCAACGUUGCCGAGUACCAGGGCGAGCGUCUUGUUCAUGUUCGCAACCCUUGGGGUAAGAUCGAGUGGAAUGGAGACUGGUCGGACCAGUCCGAGAAGUGGACCCCUGAGGCACUCGAGACACUCAAGCACGAGGACAAGAACGACGGUCGCUUCUGGAUGCCUUACAAGGAUUUCUUGCGCAUCUUCACUACUCUGGACCGCUGCCAUGUCUUUGAUGCCACCUGGUCUGUCGCUUCCAGCUGGAUCCCCUACAACGUCUCGCCCCGCUCCAGUGGCCACUAUGAGUUUGAGCUUACAAAGACCUCCAAUACAGUCAUUGUCUUGAGCCAGCCCGACACUCGCUACUAUGGCUCCUUCAGCUCGGACUUUGACAACACUCUCUCAUUCCAUGUCUACGAUGACGAGGGCAACCUGGUCAAGCGUGCCAAGAUCUUUGUCCCUUACUCGAAGCGCAGCGUCAACUGUGAGUUACAUCUCAAGGCCGGCAAGUACACCGUCAUCCCUCAUGUGAUCCGCGAGCCCACCGACAUCACCCACGGCGACGACGGCGAUGACGAGGAAGAGAACGCCGUCAGGCCUGCGACGCGCGACAAUGGGGUGGAGGUAGUGGUUGAGCAGGUCAAGAUGGACAAGAGCUCGUACAUGUUCCAGCAGCGCAAGGCCUCGUUGAUCCGCAAGAUGUCCCAGGCCCGUGUCACUGGCCGCACUCUGUUGGGUGUUGAUGAUGAGGACUACGAGGAGGAGAAGGUCGAGCUUGACGAGCACAACUGGCAACUGAUGCUUGGUCUUCGCGUCUACAGCCACGACUCGAAUGCCUCGCUGGAGGGCAUCCCUGGCGAACAUCCCUUGCGUAGUGCUACGGCCGCGGCCAAGGCUGCUGCGCUUGCAGAGCAGCAGGAGGACAAGGACGAUCUCGAGGGUGUUACUGCCACGCUUGCGGACAAGAAGAAGCUGGUCGCUGAGCCUGAGGAGGAGAAGGAGGAGUAA